AUGGACCCCCACUCCCUGGACGAGCUGCAGAGCCUGGGUCGAAGCGUAGCUUUCAAGUCUUGGGCCAACCCCGAAAUCAUGGGCUGCACCAUGGUGGCGGCUGUGGUGCGGCCUGACGCUAUCUUCGUGGCAAAUGCUGGAGAUAGCCGAGCUGUACUCUGCAGACGAGGAAAGGCAAUAGACAUGUCAGAAGACCACAAGCCCAACAGUCCCGCGGAGCUGUCGCGAGUGCUGCGGGCUGGGGGCACAGUGAUGCAGCAACACGUGGGCAACCACGUGCACUACAGAAUCAAUGGCAAUUUGAAUCUCUCCCGCUCCAUCGGCGAUUUACUGUACAAGCAGAACGCCUCCUUGUCCGCAGAGGAGCAAGUUAUCACUUGCCAUCCAGAUGUCCGAUGCUUCAACCGCCAGGCGGAUGACGAGUUUAUGAUCCUGGCUUGCGACGGUGUGUGGGACGUCCUCAGCAGCCAGGAGGCAGUGGACUUUGUCCGCAUGCGCCUGGGCAGCUUCGCAGACCUUGCCUUCCGGUUGCAGGAGGGGCGGUUGCGUCUCUCUUCCAUUCUCGAGGAGAUGCUGGAUGCGUGCAUCUCCCCGGACCUGGCGCAGACCAUGGGCAUUGGAGGCGACAAUAUGACAGCCCUGCUGGUGGUCUUUUCCGAGGGUCAUGGAUGUGCCCAUACCGGUGACAAGGAAGGAGGUGGCCGGAGGAAGUGUCUUGACGACGCUGCCUUUGUCACGUGGUUUCAGACCUGGGGCGAGUUUCAGGACUCCCAGGACUCCGAGCAAGAUGGAAGUCGCGUGCUCGAGUCCUGCGGAGCCUUUCCGAGCACCGCUUCCCAGUGCAAAGCCCAGCGGCCAGAGAAUGUAGCUGGCGCCAUGACUUUUGAAGACAUCGAAGUGCCGCAGUUCUCGGAACAGAAGCCUAUCGUUGUGGAUGCUGCAGUGCCGGCAACUCAGACGUUGGAUUCACCGCUCGCGGCCGACGGGAGGCAGGUGCCGGUUACCGGAGGGCACAUUGUAAGGAUGCUUCGUCAGUGCUUCGACGAGAAUCGAUACAUGUUCGCCACACUGCUUGAGAGGCAGCGGGCCUUCAACAAGCAGCGAGCGCUGAGCCGCAAGGCUUCCCGGCCACCGCAAGCUCAGGGCGGUGAGCAUGCGCGCUCCACGACAGAGCCCAGCUGGGAAGUCCAGCAGACGGUGCCUGCGCCAGAGGAGACGGUGCCAGACCUGAAGAAGCAAGACUUCAAGAAACAUCAGGAAGUUUGCGAGGAGGCCCCCGACGAUUCAUGGAGCCAGAAGCCGCAAGGCAGGACCAUGCCGGGGGGAUACUACGUGCGGAGCCUGGAGGAAGUCCACUCGAGCACCAUGCGUGCCCUGAACGUUCGCCUCACCAAGCCCUACCAGCGCCCAGCGCAUGGAGCAGAUGAGGAUGAUGACCUUCCACCGCUUGAGCCUGAAGAGAUGGGGGAGGUGAAGGCGCCGAGCCCAGGGCGCGCGGUGCGUGAGGCGGCGAAGCGCGCGCAGGCGGCCGUGCGUGAUGCACAGAAACAGCGACGGCAGGACGAAGAGGAAGAGCGCCGGCGCGAGGCCGAGCGCCGCCUGGAGCGGCGACGGUUGGAGCUGAAGAUUCGCAAACUUAAAGAGGAGCAAGAGGCGCAGGAGCAAGCUCGGCAGAAGGAAAAAGAGGUGCAGCGGCAGCUCGAAGAGCAGGAGGCAAGUGAGCGCUCUGCUCUCAGAGGUAGCGAGCCCAGCGAGACAGGAAGGGAGGAAGCUCAGAAGGAACUUCGGCGCCAACGCCGCGCACAGCGCGACGCCGAGGAGGAUGCCAAGCUCCGCGAGGCGCGGCGGCGCCGCCGCGCCGAGGAGGAGGCAGCCAAGAAGGAGCAUGAGGAGGCCCAGCGAGCGGUUGAGGAGGACAAGAGGAAGAAGGAGAAAGAGCGCAAAGACCGUGAGAAGCGCGAGCGCAAGGAGAGGGAGAAGGCCGAGGCAGCAGCACAGGCUCAGCGACGACAAGAGGAAGAAGCGAAGCGCGCAGCUGACGAGAGACGGCGCCAGGAAGAAGCUGCACGUCGAGAAGCCGAGGAGGCAGCUGCACGUCAGAAAGAAACCGCAGAGGAGGCUCUUCGCCGUCAAGAGAUGGAGAACGAAGAGCGGAGGCGGCGAGCAGAGCAAAGGAGGAAAGAGAUCAAGGAGAAAGCAGAACGGGCCAAGAAGGCAGCAGCUGCCGGGCUGCCCCCCUCCGCAGCGGCGGCGCUUGCGGCAGAGGCGGUCGCCAGGGAGGCAAAGCCCCCCACGUCGCACGUCACGGUGGCCGUGCUUGGCCACCAGGGUGCCGGGAAGUCUAUGCUGGUGGGUGCCCUUCUCCUUGCCACGGGUGGGAUUAGCGAGCGUGACCUCGCAAAGCGCCGGAAGGAGGCGGAGCGGCUCAAAGAUGAGUCGCAACGUGAGGAUGGCUUGCGCACGCCCAAGGGUGCCGAGCUGGCCUUGCUCGAUGUGCCAGGAGGCCGUCGCUCUUUGCCACAGGCCGUCGCUGCAUCUGCCGAGGCAGACGUGGCCAUGCUCGUGAUUUCUGCAAAGGGUCGUGAGCUGGAAGCGGCUCUGAAGGAGGCAGGAGGUGGUCCUUCAACGCUGGUGGAGCAGCUGAGGGCUGCGAGGGGCCUCGGCACUGCUGCCAAGGAGGGACGCCUGGUUGUCGCAGUAACGAAGAUGGAAGAAGUCAGCUGGGCAGAGGAUCGGUUCGACGAAGUCAUUUCUACCUUGACCCCAGUUCUGACGAAUGCAGGUUUCAGCCAGGCCGCGACGGUCUUCGUUCCUGUGGACGGCCUUACAAACCAAGUGGAUGCCAAGAAGGCCCUUGUUUUCCUGGACAAUCGUGAACAAGCACUAGCGAUCGACCGCAGCACGCCGGCUCGAUCGCUUUUUCUGUUUCCCCUCGUCCUUUCGCCUCGCCGUGUUCUGGUCAUGUCGACUGGUUCCGCCGCCUCGCCUUCCGCCGCCGCUGCUCGGGCGGCCACUACGGCUGCCGAGGCUGAGGUGCUCGACUGGGCGCCGCCGUUGCCUGCGGACGUCCAGUCGGGCGACGAGGAGGAAGAGAUCAUUACCGGCUUCAUCUCGCCCGCCCCGGGCAUUUCUUCCGCCUCUGGCGGCACACAUGCUGCCACGCAGACUGAGGCGCAUGUCUUCAUUUCGACCUUUGCGGCAGGGGCGUCGGACGGUGAGCUCGCCGCAGCUGUGGGCGCCUUGUCCGCAGUCGACUUGGCUCGCCUUAUGGCGGCUUGCACGGCGGCCCAGCCCACGGCUGGUCCCUCGACGCCGGCUAUUUCGUCUCCGUCCUCUUCGUCCGGGAUUACCCCACCGACGGGCACGACAUUGCCGGCUACGCCUCCGCCCUUGACGGCCCUCUCGGCAUCUUCGACCGCCCCGCCGGACGCAGGGCCCGCGGAGGCUUGGCUCGCCCCGCCUGGGGCUCAGUCGUCGGUGGUGCCCGGCCCGUCCGCCGCGGAGGCCCGGCAGUACUGGACCGACCAAGAGGCGAUGCACCAGGUCGCGGAGCCGGCGACGGCAGCCAACAUCGCCGUGCCGGAGGAUGACGACGCCGACCUGGAGGGCGAGUCCGGGCUGGACGCCUACCUCGCCGGCCUAUCGGGCGCUGUGCCCAAGGCCCCGCCAGACACGACUGUGCCUUUGCCGUUUGAGGCGUUGUGCCCUGCGGGCGCCUACGUGCGGCCCAAGCGGGGGCUGGCACCUCCGCCUCCCCCGCCGCCUUCUUCGUCGGCUACCACCUCUGCCGCGUCCGUGGGCGAGAAGACCGUGCCGGUGGUCGCCAAGCCGGUGAAGAAGCCGCCUCCGCCUGAGCUGGCCGGGCAGGCUAUCGCCCCCAUCGUCAAGCCCUUCGUCAAGGCGCCACCCCCCCCUCUGGUGGUGGAGCCGGCCACGGGGGCGGGAGCCCAAGGGGCAGGCACACGCCAGCCGUCGGGCAUGUUUGGUUCGGCGGCGCCUUCGUCGGGGCCUCCGCCAGUGAAGAAGGAGAACGCCCUCCGGGCGCUUGCUGGUAUGGGGCCGCUGAGCUUCGACGUCACGUAUGACGAGAUGCUCCAGCUCCGCAUCCAGCGCGAGAUGCGGGAGAUGACGUCGCCGCCGCCCCCGGCCAAGCCGGCUGGGCAUACGGAACCGGAGGUGAUCGUCCCGCAGAGCCGCCUCAUCUUCGACUACGCCGCCGACCUCGCCCUCGCCCUUUCCGCCUCCGGUGGCAUCCUCGUCUGGAGCGUCCUCCGCCUGUGCGGGCGUGCCGCCCAGUGGGAGCGGUGGGAGCGCUAUCGGCAGGCCAAGCAUCGCCCUGGGGCGGACUUCUUCGACUCCGAGAUGCCCUUCGGCCUCGACGGGGCGGCUGCUGAUACUUGGGAUCGGGCGGAGUCCCUGGAGCGCAGCGUCGCCGACGGCAGCUAUGUGCUCCCGCCCAACUCGACGGUGGCGGGCAUCUUCCUCCGGAGCUUGCCACCGAACGUCCAGGGCGGCAAGCUGCCCCGUGAGCCGCCGUCCGAUGGCACCUACUUUAUAGGGUGGUGCUUCGCCAAAUGCCCUGGCCCAUGGUGGCGGCCGGCAUCGGCCUGUCGGUGCCCCUACGCCGGGCGCUGCCUCCGCCCUAUUAGCUACCCGCCGGUGACGGGGCGGGUGCAUUCAUCAAUGCGCCAGGUGCGCCCCGGACUCUCCGGGCGAGCGGGACCGCUGACUUCGUCACGGCGGGGCUCUCUUUUCUUCGGGCGCGGCUACAUCGACCUCGCCGGCAUCUACAUCUUUGCCGUCGCGGCCGUCUCACUCUUUGGGGGCGUCCGCCCGUUUUGCAUCUCACCGCCUUCGCGGGCGCGGUCAAAAGUUCGGCCUGUGCUUUUGUGCUCUCCCCUCCCCCUCCCUUCCCUUAAGCUUGGCUCGACUGCUCAAGCCCCUCGCAGGGCCUGGCUCGAGGUUACUUUGGCUCAGUUGUCUAAGGUGAGACUCGACAUGGCGGAACCGCCUCGGGGCUCGUUCGCCGAGCUGGUCGCCCUGGCGCAACGGGCGGGCCAGACCGACCACUUGCCGGCUGUGCGGGCGGCGGGUGUGAGGUGCAUCCCCGACCUUUUCUCUCGCAUCGACGCCUUGGCAGCCGCGGGCGUCCCGCCGGCGGCCAUUGAGGCGCUGCUGGCCGCCCCGCCGCCGCCAGCUGUGGUCACCGACUUGGCCCUGGUGUCGUCGGCCCAGGAUCCGGGAAGGCCUGACGUCCCUCGCCGGAGGGUGCCCUUGCGGGCGAACCUGCGGGCGGCCCUGGAUGCCCUGCUGCCGGCGAACCGCAAGCGUUCCGUCGAGGAGCUUCGCGACGGCUACCUGGCAGAGACCUCGAAAGGGCCCUACGCGUCCCGGCUUAAAACGUGGAUGGCCCUGUCAUACCAGGGCAAGGUCGAUCCUUGGCCGGUGUCCGCCGACACCAUUGAGGCCCUGGGGGCGGCCUUCAAGAAAGGGGGCUACCGCAGUGCCAAGGAGUACUUCUUGGCCGCCUUCCGCCACCAGGAGCACGACCUUGGGCUGGAGGUCUCACCCGUCCUACGCCGCUUGGCCAAUAGGGCGGUGAAGUCCAUCGUGCGCGGCCUCCCGGGGACUCGUCUCAAGGAGGCCUUCCCCCUCGCCGACCUGGGCGCCCUCGUGACCUAUCGGUGCGACCUCGCCUUCGACCCGGCCGCCGUCCCCCACGCCACCGACGUCCUGGUCUUGGCCACUUGGUUCAUGCUCCGGGAGAUCGAAAUCGCCGGGGCACUCGUCGGCGAUGUGGUGCUCACCAAGCACGUGGUGACGCUGGAGCUACCGCUCCACAAGACCGCCCAGGGCGGCGAGCGGGUCAUGACUCGGCGCUCGUUGCGCUGCGCCUGCGGCGUGGCCACGCACCCCCUGUGUCCGGUCCACGCCAUGUUCCGACACUUCGCGCGCCUCCAGAAGGCUGGGCGCCUUCGCUCGUCGGCGCCUCUCUUCCCGGGCGCCUCGGGAGGCACCAGGUCCAAGCCGGAGUCCCUCUCGUUCCUCGCCUUGGUGUUGGGGGCGGCCGGCCUCGAGGUUAGCUGGAAGGACCCGGCUGGGGUACAACGGCCGGUCUUCGGCGGCCACGCCUGCCGCGUCGCCGGGGCGACCUUCCUGGCCGCCCGGGGCGUGCCUCUGGCGGUGAUCCAGCUUCUGGGGCGAUGGUCGUCCCGCGCGAUCGAAAGGUACACCCAGGCUGCGCCGUUGACAUUGGAGGCAGACGGCGCGGACACGGCGGACCCCGCGGCAGGGGAGCCAGCCCAGCAGGCGGCCUUGCCCGCCAUCCAGUUCGUUCCCGCCCUUGCGCCGGGGGCGGCGGUCCCGGAUGCCGACCGGGAAGACGCCCACCUGAUUUACCUGGAGAAGACGAAGAGGGUCCAUCGGCCCGACCCCACGGAGCAGAACUCCGGUGACCCAGGGGUUCAGCACGUCGACUCGGACUCCUCCUCGGAGGCGGUGGGCGAGCUCUCGUCCUCUGCGGGUCGUCACGCCAUGGCGGUCCCUCCUUUGCUGCUGGCCCAGCUUGUUCAGGUGCACGCGUUCUUCGUCGACGCCAACGCCUUCGCGGGCGAUAUCUCCAACGCCGACUGGGGACACGGGCGCACAGCUUGGGAGCACUUGCUCGCCGUGGCUCGCCCAUCCCGGACCCUCCGGUGGUAUCUACGGGCCCGCCGGAUCACGGGCGUGCCUGAACUCGGCUGUUCCGCCCCUAAUCUGGGCGUGUGGAGGCGCGAGUUCGUCGACCCCUACCUGGAGGGCUGGCGCCGCCCUCACUCGGCGGACGUCAUCCGGUGCUCGCCGACCGACGUGCCGGGCGACACCCAGGCUUUGCAUCUGAUGUUCCGCCUGGCUCGUCGCCACGCCGACUGGCUGCAAGAAGAUACCGCCCGCCGGGCGGGUUCCAUCGACGACCGCUUCGGCAUGGACCCGCCGCUGGUGAUCUUCUGCCCAGCCUGGGCGCCGCGCCCGGCGGACACGGGCGACUCGGAUGAGGCGCCUGAGGACGGGCCUCCGGACUAUUUGGGCCCACGUCCGGGCGACCUUGAGGGCCUUGACCCGCGCUUGGUCCGCCCAUGGACUUUGGCGCCACGGCAGCCCCUCGUCCCUUCGGGGCGAUCCGCCCCUGGCACCUGGGCGCGACAGCCGUGGUACUUGGUGCGGAUGGGGCCUUGGCAUCGACAGGUGCACCGCCUCGACGUCCCCGGCCGUCGCCCUAGGGCGGUCUGCGGCCGCACCAUUGAGCCGGAGAGGGCGGCUGUUCUUGUUUGGGCCCCGCCUCGGGCAGAGCCCGGAGGGAAUCGGUACCUCUGGUGCCGCCUAUGCUGGGGCGACGGCGUCCCGCUCUCAAGGAGCGAUUGUGAGCAGCACCCGGACGAAGAGUCCGAGCUCGAGUGA